GGUCUGCAGCGUGAAAUAUUCUUAGAUAUCUUUUUAUCUACAGUGUGAUGAUUCAACGUUUCAACUGGAUUCUGAAUCUGUAGAUAACAGACAUGCAGUCAGACGAGGGGACAGAGUGGCUCAUGGAGCUGCUCACAGAUGUGCAGCUGCAGCAGUAUUUCCUGCGAAUCCGAGAUGAUUUAAAUGUCACUCGUCUCUUUCACUUUGACUACGUGAAGACUGAAGACCUGGAGAAGAUCGGCAUGGGGCGACCAGGUCAGAGGCGCCUGUGGGAAGCAGUGAAGAGACGCAGAGCGAUGUGUAAACGCAAAUCGUGGAUGAAGGUGUUCACAGGUAAGAGACCAGACACAGAGACUCAGACCGGAGUGACCUUUCAGGAUUCGUCUCCCUGCAGUGUUCCGGCCGAAGCUCGGGGUGAAUCCCAGCCUGCGGCUCUGACCUGUCUGAUCAGUGACCGAGAUCUGACGCUGCUGGAGAAACUCGGGGACGGAUCAUUCGGCGUGGUGAAGAGGGGGGAAUGGCAGGCUCCGUCUGGACGAGUGCUGAAUGUUGCUGUGAAGUGCCUGAAGACAGAUUUGUUGGAUCAUACGGAAAGUCUGGAUGAUUUCAUACGGGAAGUGAACGCUAUGCACUCUCUGGAUCACCAGAACCUCAUCCGGCUGUACGGUGUCGUCCUCACACACCCCAUGAAGAUGGUGACGGAGCUGGCUCCUCUUGGUUCUCUGUUGGACCGGUUGAGAAAGCGCCAGGGUCACAUCCUGAUCUCGGUGCUGUGUCGCUACACCGUGCAGAUCGCGUGUGGAAUGGCGUACCUCGAGUCACGCCGCUUCAUCCACAGAGACCUGGCCGCACGAAACAUCCUGCUGGCCUCCAACGACCUCGUCAAAAUCGGAGACUUCGGCUUGAUGCGCGCGCUGCCAGGGAACGACGACCAUUACGUGAUGCAGGAGCACCACAAGGUUCCGUUCGCGUGGUGUGCUCCAGAGAGCCUGAAGACCAGAACCUUCUCUCAUGCCAGUGAUACCUGGAUGUUUGGUGUGACGCUGUGGGAGAUGUUCAGUCAUGGCCAGGAGCCAUGGCUCAGCCUCAACGGCAGCCAGAUCCUCCAUAAGAUCGAUAAGGAGGGCGAGCGGCUGGUCAAACCCGAGGACUGUCCUCAGGACAUCUACAACGUCAUGCUUCAGAGCUGGUCUCCAAAACCCGAGGACAGACCGACGUUCGUGGCUCUGAGAGACUUUCUCAUGGAGACGAUGCCUACAGACAUGAGAGCUCUGCAGGACUUUGAUGAACCGGACAAGCUGAAGAUCCACGCCAACGACGUCAUCACUAUCAUCGAGGGCAGAGCAGAGAAUUACUGGUGGCGAGGUCAGAACCGUCAAACUCUGAAGGUGGGUCAGUUCCCCAGGAACGUGGUGACGUCUGUAGCUGGACUUUCAGCCCAUGACAUCAGUAGACCUCUUAAGCACAGCUUCAUCCACACGGGCCAUGGAGACACCGACCCUCAUCGCAGCUGGGGCGCUCCUGAUAAAAUUGAUGAUAUAUACCUGGGGAACCCCAUGGACCCUCCUGAUGUUCUUGGUAUGGAUCCGAAUGCUGACAGACCCACUAAAUUAGCAAACCGCUCCAAAAAGCAACCUCCACCUCGUCCUCCUCAGCCUGCUAUCCUUCUCAAGAAGCCUUUCUAUGACUUUGUGAUUGAUGAUGAUGAUGAUGGUGAUGAUGAUCUAAUAGUCACUGGACUAAAGAAGCUCUCUCGGAAACCGCCAUCAUACCUCGGGCUACGCCUUCGUCCAUGGGAGAACUCAAACCCAGUCGAUCAUCUCAGUGAGGUCUCGCUCAUCGACUUUGGAGAUGAUAGCUUCAGCUCCACCUCACCUUCCCCCAUUACAGAGACUCCUGCCUCCAGCUCCACUCUGUCUGGAGCCUCCAUCCUGGAUUAUGGUCCUCCACCGAGCCCGUACCGCAGUUUGCCGAACCCUCUCCACCCAACCCCAGUGGUGGACUGGGACUCCCGGCCUCUGCCUUCUCUCCCUGCAUAUGAUGAGGUGGCUGUAGAGUGUGAGGAGCAGGAGGAUGUGGAAGUCAGUUCCAUAAACACUGCUAAGACUGACAACAAUCCAGUCCAGCAUAAUUAUGAUGCUGUUGAAGGAGAUAUAGAUCUCAAAUGCAAAGUGGAAGAUGAACUGUUUCAUCUGUCCAAACCCAUUGUGGAGAACCGCUCUACCUCGCAGUCGGCUGAUAUCUUCAAGGAGUUACAGAGAGAGGUCAUGGCAAAGCUACGCGUACCAGUGACGGCGCAGUCGAUGCCUUCAUCGCCCCUCUUACCACAUCGCCAAAUCAUCCUGCCAUCCUGUGAGGACAAGCCCCAGGUCCCACCCCGGAUUCCUGUCCCCCCAACACGGCCUUCCAGACGGACACGAGCCAGGCUUUCAGCCUCUUUAGCUGAUGAUGAAGAGAAAUCUCAGCCUCCUCAGAUCCCUCCGAGAGACCACGCCAUGUCCCAGCCCAGCUCGCGAUGCCCCAGUCCCAUGAUCUCAACUCAGCAGAGACCAGUUUUGUGCUGUGUCGGUUCUCUGGGUUCCUGUCUUUCCCCUUCAUCGUACUCCUAUGCUCCAUCUACUGCACCUUCAAAGCUCUCGCUCAGCCCCAGUCGAGUCAACUAUAAUUCCCAGAAUGCCACGUCCUCCACCAAUAUGGACCAGACUCGAGCAAAGAGUCCCUGCAACAUGCCAGUCAUGAGCGACACCACCAAGGCCAGCAGCGCUCAGUUCUACCUGCUUCCUGACAGGCCAAUGUAUCUUGAAAGAUUCGACAAGUCUGUGAAAGAUUCAGAACAAAACAAAGAGCGACGGACCAACAUGGCGACCGUCAGACCCAUGAUACAACAGCAGAUCAGCAGCAGCACUCAGAGCUCAACGACCGUCAGCACUUACAGCAGUGUGAAACAGGUACAGGAGGCAGUCCAUGGAGUGACAGUAGAGGAGUGUCAGACGGCGCUCCAGAGUCACGGCUGGAACAUCCAGAAGGCUAUAGAGUACCUCAAGGUAGAGCAGCUGUUCCGUCUGGGUCUGAAGACUAGGCCUGAGUGUGUGGAAGUUCUACAGAGGUGCAGCUGGAACCUGGAGCGAGCGAGCACCCAGAUGCUGGACUCCUACGGUCCCUCUAGACAAAGAGCGAACAGACCUGAAGAACUUUUCUAAGGCUGUAGUAGUAAGCUGAGAAAAGUGAACAUCUUUCUGAGAAAAGAUGAAGCACUUUGGAUGAGUGAUGAAACAUCCUGAACAUCCCAGCUCACAUUCACUACACAGCAGAGGAGAAGAUAAGAUGUAGCUCCAGCGUUCGCAUCUGCUCCUGAAUUAUUUCUGUUGGGAACCAGGAGUCGUUAUCUCUGCUAACCUGAGGGUCCAUCAGAGACGAGGUCAGAGAUCAAUACUGAGUCAAUUCCAUCAUGCACGUCAGA